AUGAAGCCACAUUUUCAGAGAAACACUCCCUGACAAUUCAUUUUAUGCUUUCCUCUGGAUAUCCCAAUAUCCCAGAAUAUAUCGUAUAUGCAGCUGUUGAUGAUGUUUUGAUGGCUUAUUAUGAUAACAAAAUGAAAAUGCCAGAACCAAGACAAGACUGGGCAAGAGACUUAAUGGAGAAUGAUUCACAAAAUUGGAACCCAUAUGCACAGGAACUAGUAGCAUACUUGCCUCCCUUCAAAGAACGAGGUGCCAUUUUGAGGCACAAUAAUCAAAACCUGACUAAAGUAUACGUUGUCCAGCAGAUUAUGCGUUGUGAAUUGGACAAUGAGACACAAAAAGUUGAAGGAUACCGAAAUUACAGUGUAAAUGGAGAGGACUUUAUUAAGCUAGAUAUGGAUACUGCCACAUGGGUUGCCAUAAAUCCACAGGCUCAAUUUGCUGAAAAGGAGUGGAAUAGUGAUAGAAAUUACUGUAAAACACAGAGGGAUGAAAUCAAAAUUCUUUUACCUGACUUGUUAAAUAAAUUCCAUAAACAUGGGAACGUUUUUUUGCAUAGAAAAGUUCUCCCUUCAGUGUCUUUGCUGCAAAAGACUCCUUCAUCUCCAGUCAGCUGCCACGCUACAGGUUUCUACCCUAAAAAGGCUGUUAUGUUCUGGAGAAAAGAUGAAAAGAAGAUAAACAAAGAUGUGGAUAAUGGAGAAAUCCUUCCAAACUGUGAUGGGACUUUCCAGAUCAGUGCUACCCUGAAAAAUUCAGCAAUCUUACCUGAAGACUGGGAUAGAUAUGAUUGUGUGUUUCUGUUCUCUGAUGAGGAGAAAUCCAUCACCAAACUGGAUAGAACUGUGAUCAGGACCAAUAGUGGAAAAAGCACAAGAGAUCAUUCUAUACUUGUUACAGUUUUCGCUAUUUUCAUUAUUUUUAUAAUGUUCAUUUGUUGCAGAAUAAAAGGGAGGAGGUGAAACCUCUGGUUGAGUAGUGCAACAAAAACAACCUGCAGCUGAACACCGAGAAUACCAAGGAGCUCAUCGUGGACUUCAGGAGGAGCACUGACCUACACCCAACCAGCCACAUCAAGGGGAUAGCGG